AUGAAGCAGCACGAUGUGACGGCCAAGACGGCCGAGCUCGCGCUGGACCCCGAGGGCCAGUACGCGGCGUACCUCGAGGACGAGAUGCGCUUCUUCCAGGAGAGCCACAAGAUCCCGCUGGGCUGCGUCAAGGACAUCUUACGCUCGCACUACCGGUCGCUGCGCACGCUCAAGCACGUGCUCAAGCCGCCGCCGCCGCCGCUCUCGGUGCAGCUCGAGAAGCUGUCGCCGCCGCACAUUGAGAUUCUAACGGCGCCGAUCCGCGAUAUCUGCGACCAGCUCACGCACGUGCAAUUCAACAUUUCGAUCCCGACCGCGGCCGAAGUCACGGCCAUGGGCAAGGACGUCUUUUACUACAAGCUCUGGGAGGCCGAAAGCAUCAGCAUGGGCAUCUUCUUCAUGCCGCCCGGCUCCAAGAUUCCCCUCCACGACCACCCGUUCAUGUCGGUCGUCACGCGAGUGUACGUCCUUAUCGCCAGGAACACGCGGGCGCUCAAAUCGCAUUGA